AAUGGGUCUACUUGGGUUUAGGUAAAUAUCAUUUACUAGCCAAAUUUUUCAAAAAAAAUUACAAUUGAUAUUAAAUUUUUCUAGUAACUAAACAUGACACAAAAUAUGGUAUUUACUUCAAUUUGAUGGUGUCUUUUUCAGUUUUUCUUUUGCAUUCCUCAUUUUUUAAAAUCUCAAUGCCUUGAUGAUGCUGCCCCAGAGUACCAUGCCUGACACUGACAGCUCUAGUCUGGAAGUUGGUGCCAAUUUUUUGAAGACACAUAAACUCGUAUUUUUCUUUUUCGGUGUAAAGGCCAGUAGUGAAUUUGGGCCAUCCGGGAAGGCCAGUGGGCCUUAAUGGAUCGAGAAAAAGCUCAAUACAAAGUGGGCCUCUUGACCCGUUUGAAAGGAGAAGGAAAAUAGGAAAGCGGAAAGCGGCUCGCUGUUGAAGCGGGAGCGACUGAGACCAGGCGAUCGUCCGUCAAGCAGCCGUAGCUGAUUUUCAGUUUCAAUAAAAUUCGUCCGCCGGUGAAAGUCGGAAACUUCUCGGCAAAGAAGAGGCCAAUGGAUAAGAAGAAAGCAUUCUACAGAGCUAAGUUGAAUGCUCAGAGGAAGGACAAACGAAUCGAUUCUCCUCUCGUCAGGUAUAAUGAAUCCGAUCUACCAGUUUGUAGGGUUUGCAAUCUUGUUUUGAAGGAGUCUCAAUGGGAUGCACAUCAAGCUUCUCGAAAACAUCGUGAGGCAAUAGAUAAUCUCAAAGCUAAUGCAGCUCGAAAGACCGAUGCAACCAACUCAAACCAUGUACCUCGCAUUGAAUCAACCGGACCUGUGUCCACAAACAAUGCAGAGCUGCAUGCUGAGCCACCAACAAAAGUGUCAAAGCCACAGUCAGCAUCUGCACUCCCUCCAGGCAUUUUUGACAAUCAUGGGACUAAGGCACAAAAGACAGGUGGAAACUCUGUCAAAUUUGUGGGUUCGGAUCCACCAACAAAGUUGGGUGGCUCUCUCAAACCUAAGAAAGUUGAGUCCCUUGUGGAAGAUAAAUCAGAAGCAUUAACUAGUGUUAGUGAUUCGCAACAGCGAACAACAGAGGAUGGUAGGACUUCUGUACAGACGCAAACAAAUGCUACUGGUACAGAUAUCAAGCAGGUAAAGGGGUCUCUUCCUGAAGGUUUCUUUGACAACAAGGAAGCUGAUUUACAUGCUCGUGGCAUAAAGCUUGUCAAGCCUGAUGCCAAUGAUGAGUAUAAAGAAUUCGAGAAACUCAUUCAAGAAGACGUGCGGGAGGUUGAUGACCGCUUAGAGGAAGAGGAGUUCGAUGCAGCUGAAAAGAUCGAAGAAGCCGAGUCUGUUGAGCAGAAGACCUAUAAGCAAAAGGUGGAACAAUUGAAGAGGAAGAAAAUGGAACUGAUGGCUGCUAAGUCAGCCAAACGUGUCAAAGGCAGAGUUUCUGAGGUUGCCAAGAAGGUAUCCAUCAAUGAAGAUUCAUCCAGCGACAGUGACGGUGAUGAGGAUUUCACAGUCGAUUGGAGGGCUCAGCAUCUGUGAACGAAGAUUUGAUCAAGUGAUUUCGCACAGGUAGCGUGGCUAAAUUGUUUCCUUCACCAGCCAACACAAGUAAACCCUACUGGUCUGUAGGUGGUUCUCCUGGCUACCGGUGGUUCUCAACUGUUAGAGCAUUCCCUUUUCUUGGGAAAUUCUGUCUAUGGCGAAGUAUCGCUGGUUAUUUGAAGGUACACUUCUUCUUUUUCCCCUUGUUCUGAAUCAUGUUACAUAUCUAACGUAGACUGGCUGGCUGCCUUUUGUUAUCAAAGAGCCAAAAUGAGAGAAAGUGUUCACUUUUUUGUUACAGCACGCCCAAAAGUUUGAUUCUCUAGCAAUUUGGGUUACGGGAAUUGGAUAAUGUAAUUAUAUAUCGAGUUAGUCAUACACAGGACAGGAUGAUUAAGAUGUAGAGAUACAUCAUGGGGCCUAACCCGUGUCUGCCAAGGUGCAAAGUGAGUCAUCAAUUCACUUAAUUAUUAUUAGCUGCAACUCCACUUGCUGGAGCUCUGAGAGGAAAUUGUUCAAUACUUCUCAUAAGGUUAUCAGUCAUAUGAAUAUUUGUGCAUCAUUUUCCCACUAGGGCAUGUAGAUUGUGACUGUUAAUUGGUCUAUUAGGUUGCUUUGCCUCCAUCCUUCUUAAUUGUGGUCCAACGGUCGUGAUCUCGGUUUUAGUUAGAACCGCGAGUUGUGCUUCUUGAGUUAACUAUGAUUGAGUCGGAACUAUGAUCGAGUCAUAGAUUACUCUCACUCAGGGAGUCGCACUUGUGAUCGAGUCAUAGAUCAUGGUAAUCAAAGUUUACCCUCGCUCACAGUACUUCGUCAUAGAAAAAACCUAAUUCUCUCUUCAGUUUAGGAGAAGUCAAUUCAGUAUCCACUAGCAUAGCACAGAACAUAGUAUUGGAGGUGGUGAGUCAUGUCCCAGUCAGCUAGCUUAAAUACUUUCCUAGGUAACACACUAUUAUAAUCGAUCAAACCGCACGAAUCAUUGAUUCAAUAUAGCACAACUUCCCAGAGUUAACCAAGUGGAUGUUUGACGUCAAAGCCAGAAACCACUUUGAAGUAUUUUAGGAAGUUCCAUUUGGAUCGAGGGAGCAUGUUGUUAGGAAACCUUAGAAAAAAUUGUAUGGGUUCUCAUCUGCCUAGUAGGACAGAUGGCACUGCUUAUCACACAUACUAAUUUAGUAAUCAAACCCACUGAUCACUUUGGGAAUGUGAUUGGUGUCUCUUGUUAGGGCAAAAACUUAUCUUCCUAAUCCUACUUGUUUAUUAUUAAGUCUACUUCCAACGAAUGCUACUGGACUGGUGACAUUUUUUGUGGCUAUAUUAGGUUUGCUUUUAACAAAUAUGUCAAUGUGCAAUGAAAUUUGACAAAUAAGUUCAUGUAUGUUGAUGUGACUUGAAUCGGACUAUUUGGUUACGACUGAAUGUCAUUAGGGCUAGUUGUAACUUGUAAACCCUUUUUCUUUACCAGUUUGGAUUAGGGUUACAACUGAAUGUCAUGAGAAGUACUAUAAAUACUUCUCAUAACGCUCUGUAAUCUGUAUCUACUCGAAGUAUAGUGAAACUGGCUCUCUCCUGCUCGUGGACUAGCUGACACACAUUAUGUUAGUGAACACGUAAAUCGUAUGUCGUGUUCGUUCUUGUUUUUGUUUUCUUGCUUUGUCGAAUCCUCCUAUUUUUCAAUUCGUAGAAUUUGGUCCACUCGUAGAGCCAUGAGUAUUUUGUUGAUGACCUACACUUGUUGGAAAUAUGUUUUUAAGCCCUUCAACACAGUCUCGUUAAUUUAUAACGCAUAUCAUUUUUCUUUUAUGAUGAUAAAGUCACGAGAGCAACAAACUCCCUUCCUAUUGGGAAUGUGACAUGUUAUCUCACUCCGACAUAUAUUUACUCCUAAAUGUAUGUGCUUAUUGAUUUAGUGUCCUUCUCUCAUCCUUAAUGGUUGUUUAAUUUAGCUGUGGGAUGUGAAUGGAUCAAAUCACGUGGGGCCUCCAUCAGAGCUUGUUUUAAAUCUUGUUUAUUUGCAUACCACUAAUAGUCACUAAACUUACUGCAAAACAAAAUGUUCCUAAUUUCAGACCCUCAAAGUUAAAUCAAUAAUUAAUUAAGUGGAUGGAAAUUAAAGCACGAUUCAAGAACUAAUCAAUUCCUCAAUGUAUAAGCAUGCAACGAGUUUGCUAAAUUGUUUGGAGUGCCUAGAAAGGUCUAUUGGAGUUUCGUGGGUGGUAAGUGGUGACGACUUAAUGAGAAUUGAGAAUGUGGGAUGGCCAACAUUAGCAAAUGUGCCCUUCUUGUUUUCUAUUCCUUUUGUGGUUAUUAGUGGUGGACUGGUGGUAACUACCUUUAGAAAGAAGAAGCCAAAGCUAGUUUGUUUGUGGGUUUAAAUUAAUUAAUAAGGAUUAAGGAGAGUGAUGAAUGGGUGGAUUAUAUAUACUAGCUAGUUUCUUGUUUUGAUAUUCUAACAUCUUAUUGAACCAAUGCACAAGAUGAGAUGAGCUUCUGGAGAUCCAGACUUCGGAGAACGUGUUUUUAUAUAGGGGUCUGGUCGGUUCUUCAAAUGUUUGUAUUCAAACUUCGAACUAUAUUCUAAAAAUUAAUAUACGGGAACUAUAUAAGAUAAAGACUAUUUAGUUAUCACUAGUAAGAGUGAGUAUUUAUGAAAAAACUUGUCCUCGCGGGAAGCAUUUAAUAAUCUUUAUCUAAGAAGUGGUAUAUAUGUUUAUGUUGGCCCUACACCGAUUGGAGACUAUGGUUAAGUGGGUAGUUCGCCAUCUCAUGUUCCAAAAAAUUAUCGUUGAAGUACUCUAACUUAAGAUUCGGGGUUGAUAAGACCAUUAAUGUAUCAUGAUGCCAUUUGGUCUCAACUCUAAGUUAGCUUUUGAACAUUAUCGAUCAUAUCUUGAUGAUCCAUGCAUUCCUUUAUCAAACAAGAUUUACAAGUAGGGUCGAAUUCAUCAAGGUAUAUAUUGGAAUUCGAAUGACAAUUUGAAUUACUUACCAUUUACCAAACAGUACCGACGAUCUAAAUUGCGGUUUAUACUCUACUAGGAACGAUUAGUACUAAAUAUUGAUAAACUAUGAUUAGGUUGUUUUUUACAAACAUGUGAUGGAUGUGGAGUACAUGAACACUCACUAAUCAUCCAUUUGUCCAUUCUUUUUAGUAUCUAGGUUGUCAAGUUACAUCCCUUGCACGCAAUCUAAGUAUCUACUGAGAUGAUAAGAAUGACAUGUUUAUAAAUUAUAUAAGCUGGCAAACAAUGAAUAAAAAUAGAGUCAUGUACAACUGCAACGAGGAGGAAGGAAUAAACGGCCUAGAAGCUCACAAGUUACAAGUUAAACUGACGAAUUAAGAGAGAGCCAUCACUAAUUACUAAUUAGAUAUACAUAUAAUUAAUUUAAACAUAAGUAAUCAUACUUGAAUAACCAAAAAUAAAUAAUAAAAUUAAGCUGGGUUUUAAUCAGAAACCCGCUGAUUCAUCAUCUGAUCAACAUUAUAAACACACAAUCAAAGUCAAACCUGAAUACGCUUAAUUCCCUAGCCGUCGCUUUAUAAUAAUAAUAAUAAUAAUCCUCCAUUAAUAUAUGGUAGAGUUUUGUGUACUUUUCUCCAUUUCAAAUUUCAUGCAACGAGAGUGAAAGUAGGAAGGUCAUUUUUGUCUUUACACAUUUAUUAUUUAUUUCAUAUAAAAAUAGCAAUAUCAAGAUUUGAACUCGGAUCUCUUCAAACAAAGAUAAUAAUCACAACCAAUUACACUAAACAAAUUUGCUGCAUCAUUUUUUAUACAAAAAAUGGACAAAGUUAAUCUCUGAAAAUCAGAGGACUUUUUCAUCAUAAUUAGCAAGCUCUCCUUAAUUUUUGCUAAAGGUAAAUGGGUAAUUGGUUAACAUGGAAGAAACUAAUUAUGUAACUACGUGUUGUAUCCUUGCAUUUUUCAAUUUAAAUUUAAAUUUUUUGCUUUUUAUCUUUGUUCUUUUCUCUUUCUAACUUCCUCCGAAAUUUCAUCCAUCGUGCAAUAGUUUGCGCCUUUCACUUCCCAGUACAAGACUGUCAUUGAAAAUCAAUCUUCAGGUAUCUCUUGGCACUACGGUUUUAUUGUUGGGGAUUUUAAGCUGGGCGAGUAGAAGAUUUCAACUCCGAUAUCAAUUCAUGGCGAAUAGAAUGGAGUUCAUCAAUAACUGAAGUUGUAGAAGGAGGAUUAGAAAUUGAAUUUUUGGUUGAAUAUAUGCCUCUUGAGAUAGAAAUUUGGUUGUACAACGGAGAGUGGUGGCUAUUGGAUCUUUAGGUUUAUGGUUUUUACAACUGUCACAACCUAUUUCUAUCUUAAAACGAGGAAUCAUUGAUUGAUUGUUUGAAAUAGGUCGCUUCUUUAUUCAACCUACUGGAAAUAAUAGAUAAGGAGUUUCUAAUUUUGCGCCUUAUUACUUUGAUCGAGUCUAUUCGUAUAUUGGAGAUAACCCUGAUUUUUUCGUUUGCUCUCAUGUUGUGAUGGUCCCCUCUUAGCUGAGGUUUUAGUAUAUAGAUGACUUGAAUCAACAACUCUCCAUUUCUUUUUGAUUAGUGACAUAUUGUUUCUGAAAGGAGAGCAUUGAACCCUUUAUAUAGGAUUGUGAGGUUUAAGAUUUAGUUUCAAACUAUCUAUGGGUUGUGUGAGAAUUUCAGUGAGCUUUUAUACUCUAUAUCUCUUGACUGUAAAAAAAACCAAUAGCAUUUUAACAGGGACUUUAUUAACAUUAUGAAAAUGGGGUCAAUGAUACAUUUUUAUAUUUUAUAUUCUUAAAUGAUUAUGAUAUUUCUCUGAAUGUUCGACCUUAUAUAUUAUUUCUUUAUGUAUCAUCUCGAUCGAAUGAUUAUCAAUAAGAUUAAACGGAUUAAUAAACUUAAAAGUAACAUAAAAAUACAAAUAAUCAAAUAUGAGCAUUCCGGCCAAAGGGCCGGGUUAUAAGCUAGUAAUAAUAAUAAAUAUAUAAUGCUUAACUAUGUGAUUCUACAUGAAGUUUAGGAGAUUAACUGAGCAAUUGAGCUAAUUCAGAUACAUGUCAACCUUCUUGACAGCACAUGUUGCAUGCAUUUCAAUUACAUUAGAUGUUGAUAUCUAAUCUAUGUGUUUGGGAGUGCGCUUCGCUGUUCAAGAAAUAUACAAGUAUAUGAUGUGUUUAUAUUGUAUGUCAAUUCGAACCGAUUUAUUUUAUCCGAUCUGAUCUGUUUUAUCUUAUCUGUUUGACCUAUUUUUUGCAGGUUAUACCCGUCUCAUAGACAGGACGAACAUGAGUACUCGUCUCGAUAUAACUCGUCCUGACCACCUCAUUCUCUAUCCAUAUUUACCUAAAUUACAUUUAAGUUUACUUUAAAGGAAACUACAUAUUUCGAAUGAUUUGACUCGAUUAAUCAAUCAUCAUUUCGAUACUAAGUUAACCAUUUCACUCUGCGCAACUCAUUGCCAUUCCUAUUUCCCAUCACAGUACUAAUGAUUUGAUUUUGAAGAGGUGAAGCCCAUUUGGUCCCGCUGAUUGAUAUUUCAAUUUUCAAGCCAGAUGGAUUGUAUCAUGAUCAUCGGGGGAAAACAGCUCAUUUUUGUAUAGGUACGUAGCGGGUCCCGAUUAAAUUAAUAUUAGCUAGAUUGAGAUUUCUGUUUUGACAACUUGAUGAUAGUUGAUAGGAAAGUUUGCAAAUUGUGCCCCUUUUCUUUAUUUAAUGAGCUUGGUCGAGUAGUCUUCAAACGUGUUGUAUUUGACAAGGAUGUGACUUAUAUAAGUGAUAAUGUAUUAAAGAUAAUAAGAAAGUGAAGAAAUUAUUGAUCAGAGGCUGUAAAUUCUUUUAGGUCUGAUCAUACACAGACAGAUAAUUAUAGCCUUAUGAAAGAUACCUCUUGUUAGGGAUUCUCGAUACUGAUCUUCGGCACCCGUAACUACUUGUAACAAAUAGGAAUUUAGGGUUGAGAUUAGGGAUUUAGAUGAGAAAGAACAUAAUAGAAUUGGGAAUCAGCCGGUGCAUUAGAUUAUGAGAUAGUAGAAAUUAGGAGUUGAGAGGAUAAACUAGAGUUUAAGAGAUUCUUCUUAAUAUUGUUUUUUAUUGAUUAUGACAUAAAUCCAAAGUACAUAUUUAUAGGAAAAUACUGGAAAACCCUAAUAAUAAUACUAAUACUACGACUAAAUCUCUACUAACCAUAAUUAUAAUUAUCCUAAUAAUAAAUAAUGAGAGAAACCCCAAUGACGGGUUUCUGACACCUUACUAAACCUUAGCCUUAAUUAAGUAGUCACAUUUUCAUAACUCGUGAUUACUUAUUAGAACUUGUAUUUUUUUUAGCAUUAUCAUUACAAUAUAUUGCAUUAAUGCGU